AUGCAACAGAAAUCCAGGGCAUACCAAAUUAACAGGAGCAGCGGACACACAAAACCAACAGGAGCCAAGGAUACACAAAACCAACAGGAGCAAAGGAUACACAAAACCAACAGAAGCCAAGAAUACACAAAACCAACAGGAGCCAAGGACACACAAAACCAACAGGGGCAAAGGACACAUAAAACCAACAGGGGAGCCAAGAAUACACAAAACCAACAGAAGACAAGGACACACAAAACCAACAGGAGCCAAGGACACAAAAAAACAACAGGAGCCAAGGACACACAAAACCAACAGGAGCCAAGGACACAUAAAACCAACAGGAGUCAAGGACACACAAAACCAACAGGAGCCAAGGACACAAAAAAACAACAGGAGCCAAGGACACACAAAACCAACAGGAGCCAAGGAUACACAAAACCAACAGGAGCCAAUGACACACAAAACCAACAGGAGCCAAGGACAUACAAAACCAACAGGAACCAAGGACACACAAAACCAACAGGAGCCAAGGACACCCAAAACCAACAGGAGCCAAGGACACACAAAACCAACAGGAGCCAAGGACACACAAAACCAACAGGAGACAAGGAUACACAAAACCAACAGGAGACAAGGACACACAAAACCAACAGGAGCCAAGGAUACACAAAACCAACAGAAGCCAGGGACACACAAAACCAACAGAAGCCAAUGAUACACAAAACCAACUGGAGCCAAUGCCACACAAAACCAACAGGGGCAAAGGAUACACAAAACCAACAGGAGCCAAGGACACACAAAACCAACAGGAGACAAGGAUACACAAAACCAACAGGAGACAAUGACACACAAAACCAACAGGAGCCAAGGAUACACAAAACCAACAGAAGCCAGGGACACACAAAACCAACAGAAGCCAAUGAUACACAAACCAACAGGAGCCAAUGCCACACAAAACCAACAGGGGCAAAGGAUACACAAAACCAACAGGAGCCAAGGACACACAAAACCAACAGGAGACAAGGAUACACAAAACUCACAGUUGCAAAGGGCACACAAAACCAACAGGAGCCUAGGAUACACAAAACUAACAGUUGCAAAGGACACACAAAACCAACAGGAGACAAGGACACACAAAACCAACAGGAGCCAAGGAUACACAAAACCAACAGAAGCCAGGGACACACAAAACCAACAGAAGCCAAUGAUACACAAAACCAACAGGAGCCAAUGCCACACAAAACCAACAGGGGCAAAGGAUACACAAAACCAACAGGAGCCAAGGACACACAAAACCAACAGGAGACAAGGAUACACAAAACUCACAGAGCAAAGGAUACACAAAACCAACAGGAGCAAAGGAUACACAAAACUAACAGGAGCCAAGGAUACACAAAACCAACAGGAGACAAUGACACACAAAACCAACAGGAGCCAAGGAUACACAAAGCUAACAGGAGCCAAGGAUACACAAAACCAACAGAAGACAAUGACACACAAAACCAAGAGGAGCCAAGGAUACACAAAACCAACAUGAGACAAGGACAAACAAAACCAACAGGAGCCAAGGACACAAAAAACCAACUGGAGCCAAGGGCACACAAAUCCAACAGGAGCAAAGGAUACACAAAACCAACAGGAGCAAAGGAUGCACAAAACCAACAGGAGCCAAGGAGACACUAA